CCCUUGACCCGAUCCACCCAUGCCACAGAGACGGGAUGAAUGCCGAUUGAACCAGAAUAUCUGUGGCCACGGACAGUGUGUGCCCGGCCCUUCCGAUUACUCCUGCCACUGCAACCCGGGCUACCGGUCACAUCCUCAGCACCGCUACUGCGUUGACGUGAAUGAGUGCGAGGCGGAGCCGUGUGGCCCCGGGAAAGGCAUCUGCAUGAACACUGGGGGCUCCUAUAAUUGUCACUGCAACCGAGGCUACCGCCUCCACGUGGGCGCAGGGGGACGCUCGUGCGUGGACCUGAACGAGUGCGCCAAGCCUCACCUGUGCGGCGACGGCGGCUUCUGCAUCAAUUUCCCGGGUCACUAUAAAUGCAACUGCUAUCCCGGCUACCGGCUCAAAGCCUCCCGCCCGCCCGUGUGUGAAGACAUCGACGAGUGUCGCGACCCUAGCACCUGCCCCGAUGGCAAAUGUGAAAACAAACCUGGCAGCUUUAAGUGCAUCGCCUGCCAGCCCGGCUAUCGCAGCCAGGGGGGCGGGGCCUGCCGUGGUGAGGGCGGUUCAGACUCCACCGUGGGAAGACAUGAGCUCCUUAGCAUCAGUAACAGAAGCGAGACACCGCCUCCAGCCUGGGCCCCUGACACUCCUCUGUGCCCUGCAGACACGGAUGAGUGUGAGGCUGGGAAUGUGUGCAACAAUGGCAUCUGCACGAACACACCAGGUUCCUUCCAGUGCCAAUGCCUCUCUGGCUAUCACCUGUCGAGGGACCGGAGCCAUUGUGAGGACAUCGAUGAAUGUGACUUCCCCGCGGCCUGCAUUGGGGGUGACUGCAUCAAUACCAAUGGUUCCUACAGAUGUCUUUGUCCCCAGGGGCAUCGUCUGGUGGGCGGCAGGAAGUGCCAAGAUAUAGACGAGUGCAGCCAGGACCCAGGGCUGUGCCUGCCCCAUGGGGCCUGUGAGAACCUCCAGGGCUCCUAUGUCUGUGUCUGCGAUGAGGGUUACACACUCACCCAGGACCAGCAUGGGUGUGAGGAGGUGGAGCAGCCCCACCACAAGAAGGAGUGCUACCUCAACUUCGAUGACACAGUGUUCUGCGACAGUGUUUUGGCCACCAAUGUCACACAGCAAGAAUGCUGCUGCUCUCUGGGAGCUGGCUGGGGAGACCACUGCGAAAUCUAUCCCUGUCCAGUCUACAGUUCAGCUGAGUUUCACAGCCUCUGCCCUGAUGGAAAGGGUUACACACAGGACAACAACAUUGUGAACUAUGGCAUUCCAGCCCACCGUGACAUCGACGAAUGCAUUCUGUUCGGGGCAGAGAUCUGCAAGGAGGGCAAGUGUGUGAACACGCAGCCAGGCUUUGAGUGCUACUGCAAGCAGGGGUUCUACUAUGAUGGCAACCUGCUGGAAUGCGUGGACGUGGAUGAGUGCUUAGAUGAGUCCAACUGCAGGAACGGAGUGUGUGAGAACACGCGCGGCGGCUACCGCUGCGCCUGCACGCCGCCUGCAGAGUAUAGUCCCACGCAACGCCAGUGUCUGAGCCCAGAGGAGAUGGACGUGGAUGAGUGCCAGGAUCCGGCUGCUUGCCGCCCUGGCCGCUGCGUCAACCUCCCGGGCUCCUACCGCUGCGAAUGUCACCCACCCUGGGUGCCCGGGCUCUCCGGCCGCGACUGCCAGCUCCCUGAGAGCCAGGCGGAGCAUGCCCCAGAGCGACGUGAGGUGUGCUGGAGCCAGCGAGGAGAGGAUGGCAUGUGUGUGGGGCCCCUGACGGGACCUGCCCUCACUUUUGAUGACUGCUGCUGCCGUCAGGGCCGUGGCUGGGGCACCCAGUGCAGACCAUGCCCGCCACGUGGCACCGGGUCCCAGUGCCCGACUUCACAGAGUGAGAGCAAUUCUUUCUGGGACACGAGCCCCCUGUUACUGGGGAAGUCUCCACGAGACGAGGACAGCUCGGAAGAAGAUUCAGAUGAGUGCCGCUGUGUGAGCGGCCGCUGUGUGCCGCGGCCGGGCGGGGCGGUGUGCGAGUGUCCUGGCGGCUUUCAGCUGGACGCCUCCCGUGCCCGCUGUGUGGACAUCGAUGAGUGCCGAGAGCUGAACCAGCGGGGACUGCUGUGCAAGAGCGAGCGGUGUGUGAACACCAGUGGUUCCUUCCGCUGUGUCUGCAAAGCUGGCUUCACACGCAGCCGCCCUCACGGGGCCUGUGUGCCUCAGCGCCGCCGCUGAUGGCACCUAGGCUGCACCUACCUUGCUGAUCAUCGAGGGAGUUUCUACUGAUAGUGGAGACAAGUAUAUCCCUGUCCGAUCAGAGAUGGACCCAAGGAUCCUCUGGGGCCCACAGGUCUCCUUCCUGCACCCCAACACCCAAGGGUGCUCCUGUCCGCAGAGUGCUGUCUGCUGUCCUCCCGGAGGACGAUCCCUAGAGACUGCGAAGUCAGAUCUGCCCUUUAAUUUUCUCUUGCUUUCAAGUUUAUCUUCACAUCUAAAAGUGGUCGGGAUGGCAGCACCAGGGGCCACUGCCUGGGAGGGGCUAGGCGGGGCUGGAACCCAGGAUGUGAAAUAGAAUUUAUUGUGGCUCUGAUUAUGUACACUAGAUGUGCCUGGCCUGGUGACCAGGCUCACAUGGUUUGUACAAUAAAUACAUCCUCCAGGC